UUCCUGCCAGUGCCGUGGGAUCCAGCCACGUCCCCGGGGAAGGUGCUGCUCUCCCACCUUUCUCUGGAGGGCAGAGCCCCAUGUGUUUUGUCCCCAGGGGUGGCUGGGACAGGGCUGACCUUAAGCCCUUGGCCCUUUCCCACCCAGGGGAGCAUGAGAACACCCCGGGGCCCGGUGGUUCCCGGCUGGUGGGAGGGCUUGGCUUGGGACAGUGGGUCCCCAUAGGACCCGUGGCAGCUGGGUGACUGUGUCACCUUUGCCCACAAGCAGUGGCUUAGCAUGAGAGCAUCUGGCCAAGGGGCAGGUUUGGUGGGAGCCAGGGAAGGCUCCAGUAACCCCUGAGCUCAUAACUGAGGAGCAAACACUGUGGUUGGUCCUCAUCUCCAGGUGAGCAGGGCUGGUGGCUGGAACUCUGCUGGGCACAUCCUGGGGGCCAGGCAAGUUGGUCUCUUGGGGACUGCACGUCCUGGCCUGUACAUCUGGGAGCUUCUCAACAGUUUGGGAAUCCUGAUUGUGGCUGGGUUUUCUCUGCAGUGGAUUUGCUGGCUACUGGGAAUUCAGAAAGGUUCAAGAUUGAAACUUCCUCUUCCUCUGCUUGGACUGUGAGAAGAAUCUUGAAGCUGUUUGUGAGCCCUGCACAGAGUUUCAGCAGGGAGCAGCAGCCUGUCAGAACAGAUGAGCAGUUACCAACUGGGUUGCUGGAUCCUGCUGUGCCUUUUGUGCCAUGACUGAUGUCUGAAAGAGGAAAAAGUCCCUUUCACUCUGAGAGAGAUGCCAGUCCUGCUUGCUAGUGGGCAGUGCGAGGAGUAGUCAUCUGAUUUCCCCACAUGGAAUGAUGACACCCCAGGUUCCAUAUGAUCCUUGUUCCAUCUUCGUCAGCCCAUGUGUCAUUGACUAAUUUUUUUUUCACCUACGUGUCAUUAAAAUAAGCCUUCUCUGCAAUAAGGGUAAGACCAGAAAAAGUGUAAAGCCUGAGCAGUGCUGUCUAUCCUGGCACUGUUCUGUGGUGCUGUUAUUCCCCAGGCUUCACUCACCAGGUUUUGCACACUUCAGGGAUUGCCAGUGCUGCUGAUCUGAAUUGCCUUAAAAUAUCCUGGGUUUUGAGUCCUGGUUCUCUGGUGCUGCCUUGGUUUCCUACCCUGCCUCUGCCAACAGCCACAUCCAGGAUCCUCUCUCAGAGCAAGAAGGACUGGAACAUGGAGAGUUUUCAGGCAAGUCUGGGGCACCUCACUGCCACUGGGGUGAGAGCUCGUGUUUACUGUGAAGACUUUCUGUUCCCAAAGGUGUACAGAACUAUGGCAGACCUGUGGUGGAUUUACUCCAAACCUGUCCCAGCAGAUGGCAGGGAGCUAUGGACCUUGUUUCUGCAGUGUUCCUGCAUUACAGCAGUGAUAGGCGGCCUCUUUUACAACUGGAUGUUUGCUUCCCUGGAGUACUCCUGGCACCUCUCCAUUGCCACGGCCAUCUCCUUCAGCCUGCUCCUUCUCCUGACUCUCCUUUUGGUGCACCCUGCCCGUUGUGUCUUCAGCAUGAUCAUGCCCACGUUGGGCACCAAGCAGGGCCGGAAGCUUCUCUUCUCGACCUGCAUCAUGAUCGCAGUGGUGAACAUAACACCCAACAUCAUAAGCAACAUUAAAACCAUACUGCAGGUGAUUCAGUGCAUCUGCAAGAAUUCCUCUGACAGCCUUCUGAACUCAACUGCCUUGCUAGAGAAAGUUUCCUGGGAGUUUGGGGAUGCAGUCCAAGAAGCCAUUCCUUCCAUGUAUAAGCCUAUGAAUGGACAUUUUCGCUUUUCAUUGCUUCAGAACAGCUCCUUGAUUUACCAAAAAAUGCACCUUGCUGGUGAGAAAAUUAGCAGAGAGUUCUUGUCUGCUGAGGUACUGGUCAAAGACUCUGUACGAGUAGCCAACAGAUUGGCUGCUGGUUUCUUCAUGCUCUGUCUCUGUUUUGAGUCCACCUGGUAUUUGAAAAAUUAUCUCACCAACCUCAGCUUUGAUAAUUUUUACAUCACCAAGAAGCUGGAACGUUUAGCUGCGGAUAAAAGAGCAGCUCAUCUUCUGGUGGGCUCAUCCAAAAAACUCAUCCGACCUACAGGCUUGAGGCUGUCCAGGGAAGAAGUGGUGCUGUGCCUCGUGCAAGCCAUGCUGGUCACGGUGGCCCUGAUGCUGAUGCUGGUGGUGGUGGCCAUGGACCACUUUGCGUUCAGCGUGGCAGACACGGCGGUGAGAAAGGCAGCUCAGUUCUCUGCCGUGCCCGUCACCCUCAGCAUCAAAUACAAGGCUGAAGUAGGGAUCAUGCCCUUUCUAUUCAAAAUCUUCUGGCGUCCUUCUGAGGCAUUACUGCUCAGUGACUUCAACAAGACCUACCACCAUCAUCUGAUCUUCAGCUCUGCCCGCUGCAGGAUCAGC